GCGGGGCCGGCCCCGCCCCUCUGGCUGGCGGACUCGGCGCGUCCUCCGCCCGCACGCCCGCUCGCCGCCCCCGCCAUCCAGUUGGUGCGGUCCAUGGCGAGCACAUCAUGGCGAUUGAAGGUGGAGAAAGAACCUGUGGAGUACAUGAACUUAUCUGUAUUCGAAAAGUAUCUCCAGAGGCAGUUGGAUUUUUGUCAGCUGUUGGGGUGUUUAUUAUCUUGAUGCUGCUCCUUUUUCUCUAUAUUAAUAAGAAGUUCUGUUUUGAAAAUGUUGGCGGGUUUCCAGAUCUUGGUUCAGGAUACAGUACAAGGAAGAACUCACAGGAUAAAAUUUAUAAUUCCUACAUGGACAAAGAUGAGCACGGUUCGUCCUCUGAGAGUGAAGACGAGGCACUGGGUAAAUAUCACGAGGCCUUGUCCAGAACACACAAUUCCAGGCUACCAUUGGCAGAUUCGAGACAAAAGAACUAUGCUUGGGAAACAAGACAAAAGUACAGUCCUCUGUCUGCGGAAUAUGACGGCUACAGUAGUGAAGCAUCAAUAGACGAAGGAAACUGCAUUCAGAGAAUGAGAAGAACGCCCCCACUGGAUGAACUGCAGCCACCACCAUACCAGGACGACAGUGGUUCUCCCCAUCUCUCGUGUACGCCCUCAGAAAUUGGGGACAGUAAAUGUGAGUUUUCCCACUGCAGCAACAGUCCAAGAUGCUCAUAUAACAAGUGCCCAAGUGAAGGAAGCACAGGUCAUGAACUAGAGAGCUUUCCUAAUAAAGGAUAUGAAGAAGAUGUUCCCAGUGACAGCACUGCAGUCCUGAGCCCGGAAGAUAUGUCAGCUCAAGGAUCUUCUUCACAGCUUCCUAAACCUUUUGAUCCUGAGCCAGAAGCUAAAUAUGGCACACUGGAUGUGACUUUUGACUAUGACUCCCAAGAACAGAAGCUUCUGGUAACAGUGACAGCUGUCACAGAUAUCCCAACAUAUAACAGGACAGGUGGCAACUCAUGGCAAGUACACCUUGUUCUUCUACCUAUAAAGAAACAGAGAGCAAAAACCAGCAUCCAGAGAGGACCAUGCCCUGUCUUCACAGAAACAUUCAAAUUUAAUCAUGUUGAAUCUGAGAUGAUUGGAAAUUAUGCUGUUCGGUUUAGACUGUAUGGUGUACAUCGCAUGAAAAAAGAAAAGAUUGUGGGGGAAAAGAUUUUUUAUUUAACAAAAUUGAAUCUUCAAGGGAAAAUGUCAUUACCUGUGAUAUUGGAACCUUCUUACAAUCAUUCUGGCUGUGAUUCCCAAAUGAGCGUGUCAGAAAUGUCCUGUAGUGAAAGUACAUCCUCAUGUCAGUCUCUUGAACAUGGCUCCGUUCCAGAAAUUCUCAUUGGCCUGCUUUAUAAUGCCACCACUGGAAGACUAUCAGCUGAAGUGAUAAAAGGCAGCCACUUCAAAAAUUUGGCAGCAAACAGACCACCCAAUGGACUGUUCUGUUGUCUAAAACACUUGAUAGGUGGACAGGUUUAUAUAAUCCGAGAUACGUAUGUCAAAUUAACUCUCCUGAAUUCCAUGGGUCAAGAGAUGUCCAAAUGCAAGACUUCCAUCCGCAGAGGGCAGCCUAAUCCAGUAUACAAGGAAACUUUUGUUUUUCAAGUGGCCCUAUUUCAACUUUCUGAUGUGACACUCAUACUGUCUGUGUAUAACAAACGCAGCAUGAAAAGGAAAGAGAUGAUAGGCUGGAUUUCUUUAGGUCUCAACAGCUCUGGAGAAGAGGAGCUCAAUCACUGGACUGAAAUGAAAGAGUCGAAAGGACAGCAAGUGUGUAGAUGGCAUGCGUUACUAGAGUCAUGAUGAAUAGGAUAACUGAGCAAUUACAAUCCGAGGCAGCAUUAUCUCUGAUUGCAGCAUUGCUAUUUUUACCUAGUCACCAUUAGAAGAGCUGUUCUCUGAAGCGUCAUCCUCACCAUUCUACCCGAAUGCUUUAAGGUCUGUGGAAAGAGCAUCUAACACUGACAUCAAUGAAGAAACGAUGUGUCUCUGGUAGAGCUUCUUGGGGAAAUGAGACACUUGCAUCAUCAUUGUUAACAGUCCUCCAGAGCUUUAAGAACGUGCUUUUGGUUUAAAGUUAAGUUUACUUUAGCAAAAGAGUCAGUAAUUUCAUGGAAAAAAAAAUAAUAAAAACUGUGAUUUUUUUUCUUUAAAUCAGAAUUUUUAGUCACAACACUUUUAGGAUUACCCUAAAUAUUAACCAGGAAACACAUAUUUUGACUGGCUCAUCCCUAGUGUUGGAAAUGUUUCUUAAUCUGAAAAAGUACAUGUCCAGCUCAAUCAUGAGGCACAUCUAAUGGUAAAGGGUUUCAAUUACAUAGAAAAUUGUUUUAUUUCAGAUAUUUUCCCUUUGUGCACUUAGUUUCAUUGUGCCUCAGUUCUUCUCAAUGGCACUCAAUCUCAAGUGCAAGCAAGUGUUCAUUUUCAUAAAGUAAUUUUUUUAAUAUUUAUUUUAAAAAAAAUCUCAUUUCUUCAUUUGCCUCUGCUUUCGCCUGAUCCAAAGAGACCCAGUCACUGGACUGGUCCCUUGCAAGUCUUUUAGACAGGUUGUACUGUAGAACCACGUAACUUUCUGUUGAAAGCACUUCCUGUAUUCUUGUAUUCCAAUGUAGGAAGCUAAUAGAGCAGGACUUUACUUUAAAAUUUCUUUCAACAAUUGACUCUUUAAAAUUGUAGUAGUGUGAAAAUACAUUUUUUACAAACUAAAAAAAUAUAAUAGAUAAGCUGUUGAAAAUUGAAAACAGCUCAAGUUAAAGAAAAUGUUAAUUAUCUGCUCUGAGAAUGGAGUGACCAACACUGCAUAAAGCAGGUAGCGUUCUGAUAAGAAACUGUUCUAAAUCUUCUUCAGUCUUACUUCAAUUUGUACUUUUGAUCUAAAGACUCUCCAGUUCUCAGUUUGAAUCAAAACAUCACGUUAAAAACAGUUCUGAGAUUCCUUAUGAAAUUUCUAGUGACCUGUGACUAGAUUUUAUGAAACUUACAGAUCCGUUCUUCAACGUGACGUCAUCCUGUGCCUUUCAUGUAAGUUACAUUUGCUCAUACAGCUUGAAAGUUGUAUUUGCAAAAUUAGGCCUUCGAUUUUUAUAAAUGUAAAGAUUCCUCAGAACAGUGUCACAAGAUCUUUAUUUCCUCUGAAGUAUGUAAAAGUUGUAUAAUGUGCUAAUUUUUUUAAAUGGCAAGGCAUUUUCAUUUGUUGUUUUUAUAUUUAGGAACUCUUAUUAAUCAGGAAUAUUAUAAGCUGUUUUCUUUUUAAUUUUGCUUCUUACCCAGUAUAUAAUUUUAUGCAUAUACUUUAUUAAAUAGAAUGUUUUGUAUAUAUGAAAAAUACUUUCUUUCUUCUCUUUCUAAUUUCUAAUUAAACUAGACAAAAACAUACUAUUUACCAGUUACUAAAAAGCAGCAUACCAUUAUUCCUAGUCCCAACUAAGCACUAUAUAUUAUUGUAAGCAAGGACUUGUUAUUACCAUGAUAACAAAACCAUGCAUAGACAUUAUUAUUUCAGCUUGGCUCUACUGAAAGGCCUUAAAAGAAAUCCAAAAAGACCGUGAACAAAAAUUUUUUAGUUUAAAAAAAUGGCAGCUCUAUGCACUCAUAUACACAAAUUAUAAGAUAACCUACAGAUGCUAUAUUGGGUGACAUGAGGUUUAAGAAUGUGUGUUACAGAGUUACAUGAAAGAGAAAAACCCAUUCUUUGAUUGUUACACUAAUGAGCUUUUUCCAAGGUUUUUUUUAUAAAUUAGUUAAGUUAUAAAGCUAGAAUGUGCAUCAAAUAGUGAAAUAUCUCAUAUACAUUAUUUUCAGCGACAGUAUGGAAAGAGAUUUGAAGGUGGGUUGUAGACCUUCGUGAGAAAUUGGAUUUAAACAUUUGAGGCAACAAGGGUCUUUCCUGGCUUUGAAACAACUGACUGCGUUGCUAGGAACUGGGAUCUUCCUAAUGGAAGGAGUUAGUCUUAUUCGUAGCUGUAACAAAGACUAAUCAGUAGUCACAUCAUGAGACCAAUGUAGUGCUUUCUCCUUCGGUGAUGAAAAGACCUAACUCGCUGUUAUUUGAUAAAUCUAGCUUUCUUCAGACUCUGCCCAGAAUUGUGUGUGCUUUGGUACAUUACUAUGAGGUUAUCUGGUAUAGAUAUCAAAUCUAAUAUGGUUUAAAAAUUAAUCAAAAGAUUUAAAGGUUUUCAAGAAGGACCCUACCUCCGCCCCAGCUGCCAAGUUCUCAAAGAUUAAGAAUUUAUGUGUAUGCAUAUCUGUAUACACACACAUGCCUACGCACGCACACACCCACGUAAAGGUGAAGGUGCCCUGGCUUUUUCAGAUAACUAAUUAGAGAACCAUUUAUCAAGUUUAUGAAUUAUUUUUCUCCUGUAUAUAUUUACUAAAAAUUAUAUUUGGUUUUGGGUGCUAUUUGCUACCAUUCUCCUCCACACACAGAAAAAUAUGUAUCUUUUUAUCUUGUGGAUUGACACAACUUAGAGUAAUUACUCCCCAAAAUUUGUCUAUUCUUUUAGAAGAAAUUAAAUAGGUCUCAAGAGACCCACUUCACUCUACUGAAUCUAAUGUACAAGACAGUACUACUGCUCUUUUGUGUGCUUAAAUUUGCAUGAAAGCAUAAAGGCAAAAUCCUAUAUCUCAGCAAUUUGCAGCAAAUAGGGGCCCACUGGUGGGCAGCAGGUGCUGUCUCAGAAACUUGAGAAAGACAACCCACUUCCUUGUUCUUCUCUUAAAGUCCCCUAAGCUUUAUAAUAAAAUAAGAUAGUCCGAAUAUGGCAAUUGACUGGCAUUCAUGGGAGCUCCUGAGCCUGGAAUUACAGGCUUUAUCUGUCUCCCAAAUGAGCUGCAAAAUGUAGUUGUUUAUUACUGCCCAGGAAACAAAGUGUAUUUCAAAUCAGAAAAGAAUUUGUUUAGUAAAAUAUCAUCUUACCUUUCAGAGGCUUUCUUCUAUACUCUCGUGUCUUCUGUACUAUCCACAUUUUGUGUGAAAUCCAUUUAUUUGUCUUCUUACUGUGCAUUCUGUGCAUUCUCUGUAAUGUAUUUAGUGACAAAAAUAAUCAGUCAAACUACAAUUUUAAAAAGGAAAAACCAGUAAGAAAAUAUUGAAGCUACCUCGAUUAGUACACACAUGUUUAAGUGUAGGGCCUGGUAGGGUGGUUUCAUCCAGCCUCGUGCAAAUCAAUGCCCAGGGCUACAUGUUAAAUCAUUUUCUUGAUAUACCAUCAUUAUUUUCAUUUACUUAGCAAGUGAAUCAGAAGCACAAUCCAUGAUUGCAAGGUAAGACAGCAUCCGAAGGAUAAGAGGUCAUAGAAUUGAGGGUGUUAAGACAAACAGCUCUUCAAGUGAACUGAGAGACUAUUUGAAGAUUCAGAUGAAGUAAGAAAAGUAAUCACCAACAAAUUUUUUUCCUGACAUAAAAAGAAAUAACACAAAUCCACUGGCCUAAAAUUGCCAUUUGCCUACAUGGACUAGAUGGCUGAUUCGUAGAGAUUUUUCUCAUCGAUGGUCAUUACAUUAUUUCACACUGAUUGUUAC